AUGGAAAGCUGGAUCGUCGCGCUUGUUCGACUACGCCGUCAACUACCUAUCAAACCUCGCGAACAUGGUCCCAGGCGCGUGGAGCACUUUUUGAGCCCUCGAAUCCCAGGUGACAAGACCCCUUUCGCGCUAGACGUGGUUAUUGGCCUCGGUGUUUACGGCGAGAAUGGCUUCACCAAAGGCCACAUCUUGACUUUGGUCGACAAGAAAGACACAAUACCUGAGAUUCAACCAGAGCUGAACCACAGCACCAUCGGUCGCCUCGCCCAAACUGUCGAUGACUAUGAGAUCGUCAUUUAUCCCGGUGAUUUCGCUUAUGCCGAUGACUGGUGGGUCGAUAGUCGGUUUUUACCCGGAGCGAAUGUGGACAAUCACUUUGAAACAAAUCUCUACGCCGCCACAGAGGUUUACCAGUCUAUCUUGGAACGAUUCUAUGGCCAACUAGCUCCAAUUGCCGGCCGCAAGCCUUACAUGGCUAGCCCCGUAACCACGAAGCGAGUUGUUUUCCGAGCAGUACAACGAUCCCCUUCGCAUAUUAUGGCAAGGAACUUCAUGCAUCACUUUGAUGGAACCAUGCCAAACGUGUACCCAUCAUUCUCCAAGAACACCACCGCCAAAGUACUAGCUAAAAAGGCACGAAGCGCGGUACUACCUCCAUUCUGGUACUCAUUUGAACAUGGCAUGUCACACGUCGUGAUGAUCAAUACCGAAACAGAUUUCAAAGAUGCACCCGAAGGAUCUGGCGGCUCCACGGGGAUUAACCAAGGCAAUUUCGGCAAACGCAAUCAGCAGCUAGAGUUCCUGAACGCCGAUCUUGCUAGCGUUGACCGAAGCGUCACGCCUUGGGAGGCCUUCGAGGAUACCUUCUAUACCUAUGGUGUAGAUCUGGGAAUCUUCGGACACGUUCACAACUCUCAGCGAUUCCUCCCCAUGUAUCAAGGAAAGGUUGAUCCAAAUAAUCUGACCGAUCCAACAGGCCCUAUGUAUAUUAUUGCUGGUGGUGCGGGUAAUAUCGAAGGAUUGACACCUGUUGGGCCUGUACCUCCGGAGAAUGAGUUCAACUACGCCGACGAUUGGAGUUAUGUUACGGUGAAAUUGUUGGAUGAACAGCAUUUGCAGGUUGACUUUAUCAAGUCUACGACUGGGGAGAUUCUAGAUAGCAGUACUUUGUUCAAGUCACAUAAGGAACAGUUCGUGAGAUAG